AUGGUUAAGUUUCAGGCAUUACAGCCACUUUACCAGUCAGCUCCUGCAGUCUGGUCCAUAGACCUCUCAGAGAGAAAGGCCUCCCUCCUCCUAGAAGUGCUGAAACUCCAACCAGAGAAGAAACCAGUAGAGCUGAAGGGCUGGUCAGAUGAAGAGAGUGAAGUGAGGAGUUUCCUUCAGUGUCUGCCCUACAUCUCACAGCUGAGUUUUAUUCCUCCACAGGAUCAGAGAAGAUCCCUUGAAGAGAGGAUAAGGAGAGAGAAGACAUUCCUACUGAAUCUGUGUCUUCAAGCAGUUCUCCAUGAGAGAGGAACCAUACAAACAACUGUAGAGAAAGUGGUGUUGCUGUCUAAAGAAUAUCACAACCAGAAAUGUGAUUUCCUGCUGGAUCUGUACUCACAUGUGAAGGACUAUGAGACUCAAACAGGCAGGAUGGUCCUUCCAGCAUUACAGCCACUUUACCAGUCAGCUCCUGCAGUCUGGUCCAUAGACCUCUCAGAGAGAAAGGCCUCCCUCCUCCUAGAAGUGCUGAAACUCCAACCAGAGAAGAAACCAGUUGAGCUGAAGGACUGGUCAGAUGAAGAGAGUGAAGUGAGGAGUUUCCUUCAGUGUCUGCCCUACAUCUCACAGCUGAGGUGAGUCUGAACAUGUGUGGUGCUUAGUGAUUAUGUGAUGUUAGUGGUUAUUAUCUUGUAGAAACAUUUGACAUAUUAAACUUCAAGUGUUGGUAAACCUUGUAGCAGUAUUGUUAGAGAGGGGUAAAGGUAGAGAUUUGUUGGGACGUCAGACAGGUAUUAACCCUGCAGAAAGGAAAAGAGUAGGAUAGAGAGAGACCCACUACCAGACACACACAUCAGCAGAAGAGACUGUCUAGAGUGUAGCCUGUUAGCCAGAUAGCCAGUGGAGAGAAAAGAUAAGACUCACCAUAUAAAACACCCAUCACAGCACAGGGGGAACCCCACCAAUAAUACCUCAUACAAUAAUAAU